AUGUUAACAUUUUUGUGUGCUUUACUUGUUGUUGGAAUAAUUAUAUUGGUCAGUAAAUUACGUCGACCAAAUAUUUCAACACAAAGAUGUGUUCAUAUUGUUGUUCUUGGUGAUCUUGGUCGAAGUCCACGCAUGUGUAAUCAUGCUAUUGAAUUUGAAAAGCAUAAAUUUAAUGUAAAAUUAAUUGGUUAUGCAGAAUCUAAACUUGGCCAAAAGAUUUCUAAUAAUCAAAAUAUUGAAAUAUCUGAUCUAAAAUCAUUUCCAAAAUUAGAUGAUUUACCUGCCGUAUUAGUUUAUGGUUUAAAAAUAUUAUGGCAAUUUGGUACACUUAUUAUUCGUCUUUGUCAAUUACCUAAACCUGAUUUCAUUUGUGUUCAAAACCCACCAUCAAUUCCAGCUAUACUUGCAACAUUAUUAAUAGCAAAACUUCGUGGAGCUCGUUUAAUAAUUGAUUGGCAUAAUUAUGGAUAUUCAAUGUUAGCAUUGAAACAUGGUUUUCAACAUUGGAUUGUUCAUUUAUGUCAACGAUAUGAAUUUUUCCUUGGUCAAUUAGCUGAUAUUAAUAUUUGUGUAUCGAAUACAUUUGCAAAAGAUCUUGGUGUUCAUAUGAUUAAAGCAUCUGUACUUUAUGAUAAACCCACAAAUCUAUUUCAUAUUCCUACAAUAGAAGAAAAACAUCAAAUAUUUAUGAAAAUGAAUACACAAUAUUCUUAUCAAUCAUUUCAAGGAAGAUCGAAUAAUUCAACUAGAUUUACAAAAGAAGAUGAGACAAAUAAUAUUGUAUGUUUACAAGAUAGACCAGCUAUUCUUGUAAGUAGUACAAGUUGGAGUGAAGAUGAAAAUUUUGCAUUAUUAUUUGAUGCAUUAAAAAAAUAUGGUUCUAGUGAAAUGAAUAAUUUACCAUCAAUUGUUUGUAUUGUUACUGGAAAAGGUCCAUUAAAAGAACAAUUUAUUGAACAAGUUGAACGUGAACGUGAUCAAUAUCGACAUAUUGAAUUUUGUUUUCCAUGGCUUGAUGCUGAUGAUUAUCCAUUAUUAUUAGGUUGUGCGGAUAUUGGUGUAAGUCUUCAUCAAUCAUCAAGUGGUUUUGAUUUACCAAUGAAAGUUGUUGAUAUGUUUGCUGUUGGUGUUCCGGCUUGUUCAGUUGAAUAUGAUUGUAUUGAUGAAUUAGUUAAACGUGAUCAAAAUGGAAUUAUUUUUCAAGAUGCUAAUGAUUUAUGUGAUCGGUUACAGAGUUUACUUCAUGGUUUUCCUAAUCGCUGUUUAAAAUUGAAUAAUUUGAAAUCAAAUUUAAGUACUAAUCAAUCAAAAGAAAAUUGGUCAAAAGAAUGGGAAACAGUUAUGAAACCUUUACUUCAUUUAGAAUCUAAUUAA